ACCCCUUUUUUAGUUUAGGCAGGAAAGGGAAAAAAAUGAAGGAAUACUUAAUAUUUAUUCAUACAAGAAGUCAGCAAAAACCCAGAGCUGUUUGAGAAAUAGUGUCCAACACAAGGAAAGAAGUGCAGGGAGAAAGACAGACACAGGGGGAGUGAAAAGUGCAAAAUAAUAAGGCUGGAGUAAAGGUAGAGUAAAGAGAAAACACAGUUCCUCACUCUGCAACACUUCCACUGCACUGUCAAGUCUUUGCUGCGAUGGAUCUGUCAUCCAAGAAGUUCCUCUAAAGAGCCAAACAGAAGCGUAAAGCAAAAGAGAGAGACAGUCAGGACGGAGAAAAUCAGUAAACCUUGGCCGAGGUGAGGAAGACGCAGUUGUGUGGGAGAGCAGAGGCGAAGAAGGAGCAGUGAAAGGCAGGGGAGUGGAGGAGUGAGGCGCCCCGUUCUUCCAGCAAAGUGAGAGAGGAAAAAGGGAAAAGGAGAAGAAAACAGGAGUGAUAAAGAGUUGGGGAAGGAGGGAGAAAAGUCGUCUGGACAUGGGGCUUUGUGCUGUUCUCCUCAUCUGUCUCUCCCAGGCUGAGCUGGGGAGAGUCUGGGCUCAGGAGCACGAGGGUAAGUCCUCAUUCUUCAAUGCCAACAGCAAUUACACACAGGUAUUUACUUACAUGGAUUCUCACAUUUAAACAAUUCUGACUGCUGGUUUUUGUAUAACACGCUGUUUUGGAGCCUCAGAGAAUCUAAACCAGGUUAAGAGAAAUCUGACCUGAUUUCUUUUGCCUCUAACUUUGGCAAGGCUGAGAAAUGUUUUUGUGCUCUCUUUUUUUGUGGCUUUUGCAUGAGUCUGCAUAUGCAUGUGAGAAGUUAACAGGUCUCUUGACACUUCUCUCCGUGUGUCAUAGGAAGCUCUUAAAAACACUGUGUGAGGGUCUGGGUUUUCUCUAGGUGCCAUUCCAAAACCUUUGUAUUUCCGCUUGGAAGAGCCAAGUGUCUGGAGUUCAUUUGCUUUGAAAAACACAAAUCAUGUGAUCGUAAAUCCUGCGUUUUAGCAGAUAAUUGUUUGAGAUUAGCCACUGACUUCAGUUCUGUGUGUGAACGUCAUUCCUGUGGUUAGAAAAGUCACUCAGAGCAUCACUAGAGGAGUCAAUAAAACUCACUCUGAGAGUUACUUUAUCUCAAAAAGGUGUCUUCUGUGCAUCACUUGUACGCAGGUGUAUACUCAAAUCCAGAUUUGCAUGUGCCUGUAUGUAUGUGCAUGUAUGUAUUUUUGUUCUCCUUGGAGAUAAUUUAUUUUUAGCCAGCCCCUGUUCUUCUGCUGCCGCUCCUCCUCCGACAAUCAGCGGUGCUCCAGUUUCUCUGGCCUCUCCUGUGGUCCCACUUCCUCUGAUCAGGGGCCUAGCACUGCAGAGGACGACCUGACACACUGUGCAGAGACCAGAGAAACAGACCCCUCUCUAGCAAAUGAUGACUUAGAGGGCGGAAAAUUUUUAAAAGAACUGAAUCCAGUUUAAUCAGUCUCGCUUUCAGCCUGAUAACUUUACCUUCCUGCUUACUCACAUCUGAAAGUGGAUCAGGUCUUUGCUAAAAAGGUUUCGCUGGAAGCUCAGUGAUGCCGUGACAAACUCAGCUCUCACUAACUAGGACUAAAGGGCGUGUAUUUGUGGCAUCCACAAAUUUUCCUCACUGCUGACAGCUUGUUUCACCAAAAUCUUUUAAUAAUCAAGCAGAGUGUUCAAAAUGGUCCAUAGAUGUUCUGCCAAGAAUAUCUGUGAUUGAUCAACGGCGUAGAUAAAUCACAGAUAGUGUGAUCUGAGUGAGCAAAUUCAUUGAUCGUUGGAGAUCCAUGUGUAUCAACUUAUACUGAUGUGAAACUUCGCACUUCUCCAAAAAAUAUGAAUCUGAGCGAUCAGUUUCCCAUCAUGGUCAUGGGUUCAAACUGAUGCAAAGACGCAGCUGGCCUUUUUCUAAUGGUUCUGUUCAACUGGAAACCUUCUAAUGGGGCGUGGUGUUGUGUUCAAUAUCAAUACUGAAAUCUGAAAUAUGUCUUUGAACUAUAUAAUCAAUGUGUUGAGAAUUGGCAUUAACGAUUAGACUCAAAACAAUUCCCGCAACUACCAUUGUGCUUUGGGCUAAAUGCUAACACCGUCAUGCUAACAUGGCAAUGAUUAGCGGGUACAUUGUUUACUGUUGUCUUCAUCAGCUACUAACACAAGUGCAGCUCGCUCGAUUAUUUUCUUCCAGUACUUUGAUCGUAAACAACAUGAAACUGAUGAUGGCCGACAUGAAAGUCUGUAAAUCAAAAGACAUACCAUUCAUCUCAAGAGGUAAACAAACGUCCGGAUCAUAUUUGCAAAUAGUUGUGGAGCCAUUUCAUUUAAAAUCAGCAAAUAGUGGCGUACAAACGGAAAAGUUUCAGAUUUGCCAAAGUCUUCAAGAUACUUCAUAACAGUGACCGAUGUUUUAAACUGAUCUUUGCAGCGUUUUUGAAAUCAAUCUAGACUGUAGAGGAAUUUCUGUCAUGUAGGGACACGGCUCUAAAGUCUGUCACACCUACAAGUGUACGCUAACCCAAGCAAGAACAUCCCACUGGUCCUGCUCGUGACCUGUACAGUUCAGCGGGUCACGAAUCCCAAUGCACUACACAGAGCUUUGUCAGCAUGGCUGGUAGGGCUGAAAUCCACCAAAGAAAUUCUUGGUCGACGACAAGCCCUACUGCGGCAGGGGGACAACGCAGCUCGGCGGGGUGAAAAUAUACUGAUAUCAGCACAAGAAGGCAAUUAAACACAACCACCACCUGACGUUGAUUAACGUGGAAGCUCUUCAAUCUUCCUGUCUCCAGCCGGUCUCCAGUGGGUUGGGCGAAUCCUAAAUGGUGAAAACAAGGGGGGGUCGUUCUUUGACAGGCUGUUACCUGUACAGGAGGAACGUACCAAGUGCUAAUGGGGGUGUUUUCAGAGCACCCCCAUUAGCACUUGGUACGUUUCUCCUGAUGAAAUUAACCAUAGACUGUAAAUUGACAAGGAAACCAAUCAGAAUUUUGGUUGACUCAUUACAUAUUGACCAAUAAGUCGACUGGUCAACUUGGACUUUACAGCCCUAAUGGCUGGUUUUACCACUUUUCAGGUUGAGUUGGAUCCAUAAUGAUUCUGUACCAAUGCUGCAACAAAAUAAAAGAGCACAACUAUUGAGACAAUUCAAGGUACCUGCUGGCCCAUGGCACCAUGUUAGAUAUACUGACUAAGAUUUAAAUACUACAAGAAACAUUGUUUACAUUGACUUAUAGGCUCUCAUUUCAAACGGGAAGAUUUCUCCACUCUCCUUUUUACCCUCUUCCAUGGGGCCCUCAAUAAUAUGAGGUAGGUGUAAAAGUGAGAAAUAGCUUCAAGCCUCAGAGACACUGACACUUUUUGGCUCCAGUCUGGUACUGUUAUUAAUAGCAUGGCAUCAACACGAGACAAUCCAGAUCUAAUGCUGACAAGCUGCAAUGAUCAAUAGUCUAGGUGGGCUUGAGGUUACAGACAAAUGACACGAAUGAACCAAAAACGCCACAACCAAAAUAUUAUGUCUUUCUCUCAGCUGUCACAGAGGAAAUAUCUAGCCAAAAUAAACUGGAGUUCAACUCAAACUUCCACAAUAACAGUCCACAAAAACCCAAGAACCUCAUCAUGUCAUGUCGUUCAUUUAACAAACAUUUAUUUCAAAGUCUUUUUGAAGAGAUUCAGAUACGUCAGCAGCUCUUUUAUUAUUUCAUUUCACUGUACAAUAAUCUUCUGUUUGUGAAACUAUAAAUACUUCACCACUAAAACAACAGACUGUAAAUUAUAAUGGGCCAACACCAUCUGCAAACUGUAACUGCAUGUCAGCUUCACUUAAAAUGGAGAUUGUUUUUCAGAGUCGAACAAAAAGAAACUCCAUGACAGCAAAUCAAACAUUUUCUAAACUCUGAGCCUCAUCGAUUUGUCCGUAUUUAUCCAAAUGCCACAUUUUUCCUGCUUUUCCCUGCGUCUUUAUCAGUCCAGAUGCCAGUGUUUUGGAUUGUAUGUUAUGGUUACUGCUGUUCCUUUCGAGUCUGAGGUGCCAAAUGGCUUCCCUCCCACACCAUAAGCUUCAGGCUUGUUUAACAUGAAUUCCCCUUUUUUAAAACCCGACUGCACCGUGGAGCUGCGGUGUUACAUGCUGACAUUCACGGCGGUGACCGCGCGUUGUGAUUAAUGCUCCACCGAUGAGGUAUGUGCCAGAAGACUGCAGGUGUUUUGCUAAUCCUUGUCCUGACAGUAACCCUGUGCUUCAUCACCAGAAACACACAAACAGCACGGCUGAAGGGUCAGCUCUUAAGUUGUGUCUUUCUUCUGUGUCUUCUUCUUGUCUCUGGAGCAAAGAUGUUGGCCUCCAGUUCCUCUUCUUGGACCUGAGGAUCAUUCCCUUUUCCUUUCCACGACGGCGGACAUGCCUCCGUGCCCUCCUCGUAUCCUCUAUCGUGCUCGAACUUCAAAGUGUUGUACGUUAAGCACAGAAGGAGUUUAUUUUCAAAGGAAAUUUGUUUUUCAUCCCUGGACUUUGCCCAGCUGAACAGACUGUAAGACCAUUUAGCUUUUGUUUCGAGGUGGCUUUUUUUUUUCUACGCUUCAUCCAGGGUUGCUGUCCGGCCUUCAUCUGGAAAAUGUUGACCUUUUACCUUGAAGAAAUCUGUCACCAUCAUCAAUCAAAGAAGUUCAAAUCCUGAAAAUGAUGUAAAGAUAAUCAGUGACAGAAUAUUACAGAGCUACUGUAUGUUUCUAAAAGAGCAAGAGAUCAGGGGUAUGACUAACAGGCAUGUGGGAGAUGAAUAAAGACAAUCUGUAUACCCAUCGUACAUGGCUCACAAUGCUGUGGCCUAGUUCAAUCUGACUCCCAACACCCACUAGAUUUGUAAGGCGGUUGCUGCAAUGCAGACACUCUCAAAAAGAGCUUACAGUAGAAGCUUCUAACAUGCAAAUGCCACGUUCACAAAACAGCUUGCGUUGAUUUUCUAAUCAUACAAAACAAGCCCGUUGGCGUCGAUGCAUCUGGCGUUCCGUGAUAUUUUCAUUGAGCGGCGGGAAAUUUGUCAUUGUAACUCGACAACAUCCCUGCAGCUCACUGGAAAAUCUGAAUUUAAAGGACUGUCAGAGUAAGUCAUGUGUGUUUUCCUUCAAUAAAAGAAGCCUUUAGAGUCUAUAUUUACAUUUAAACCCCAAGCUAUUCCCCAGCAAAUUUGUUACAUCUGUCACUUAGGUCAUUGGAUUUCUGGGCCCCGUUUCAAAUUCACCAGGAUGUUUUUCUGCUCCAGAUUGCUCACUCCCACUGCAGGUUCUUCAAACACAUGUGUCUGCCAGACCUGAUGCUACUGAGGUCAUCUUCACUCGAGUCCUCGUGCAGAGUCCAACCCACUCUUGAACUCUUUUUAGCCUUUAUUGCGUUGGAGGUUCAUCCCGGCCCACAUGAAGACAGUUAGACAAGGUUAGAGAUGUUCCAGGAGAGAAGACAAGCACUAAGGAAGUUCAUAAAAGCGGAGUUUUUAAGACCUACAAAGCUGAGCAAAAAGACACUUGCACAGUGGUAUACAUAUUUUGGUCUUCCUCCACCUUCAUCCCCUGCUAUUUUGACGCCUCUUCAGCUGUUUAGUGCUGCCAAUCUGACCCAGUUAGGAGCCUCUAGUUCAGAAGCCGUGGAAAUAGCUUCCACCGCACCGUAAUCAGACAAGAUCCCUCAUUAGAGCUGUCUCCCCUGUGUGUGUGACACCCUCUCUACAUUUCUUCCUCUUGUCCCAUUUUGUUUCCUGAGCCUCUUUUUAUCACCCCCUCUUAAUUGAAUUUUGCCUCUUUAAUGGAGUUUUUUUUAAUAUAUAUACAUUUGGUUAAAUGAGGUAUUUAUCAAUGAAAGUGUGUGCUAGGCAGAUCACUGAAGCACGGUCUGUGUUCAGAGGAGUCAGCCAAAGUUCCCAAAUCAAAGCUGGGUCAUGUACCACAGCAAACAGGGUCACACGAGAAACACAUGCUUUAGCUUCUGAAAAGUCCCACACUUUAGUUUAAAUAAACUCUGUAAACGUUGAUUUUAUUCGUGUUUCACUCUUGGGGUUACUGGUUUUCUCCCAAUGUAACCACAGUUUGAUUCCUGUUUCAAAAUCUUGUGGUUUCUCUGGGCCUGUUUUCACCUAGAGCUAAACUGCAUCCAAGCUGAUCUGUUCACAAGUGGACCACUUUCAGAGCUCAGACUAAGAUCUGUUCAAAAAGACCAUACUCACAGCUGGUCUGGGUCAGUGGAGCUACUUUUACAUCCUAUGCUACACACAAGUGAUGUUUUCAGCAAAGUUAGAUUGUAGGAAUGUUAACAUUACCGCUGGGUGAUGUAGCAUUUUUGCGUCUACAUUAGUAAAGUUGAUGUACAGUAGUACUGUGUGACUCCACCUGUUUCCCCUCCUCUUGUCUCUCCACAUUGAUGCCAGAGCUGCAGUCGGAGGGCUGGGCUAAGUGUGAUUUAAGUAGGAGAGGGAUUUCAUCUGUAAGCAUAAAACAGACUACGGGGCGCCACUGGCCUAGUGGAUGGACUGCAUGCUCCCCAUGUGUAGAGGUUGUGCCUCAGGGGGGUGGCCUGGGUUUGAGUUUAACCUAUGGUUCCUUUCCUGCAUGUUGCUCUCUGCUCUGUCUCCCUGGUUACUACUCUGAGGUCCAAUAUUAUAACAUAAUAGAAUAAAAAUCCAAAUAUUAUUAUUGCCUUAUUGAAAUGUGUCUAAUUGCUGACCAUACACUGCGUUUAUCUGAUACAAACAAGCGGCUGCUGGAAGAGAGUAGGUGAGUUGUGUUUAGUCUCUUUGCUAAAGAAUUUAGAUAAAGCUAAAAAGAUGUUUGGUGGCUAGUGCUAAAGCUAGGACCCUAUAUGUACUGUUGAUGAAGUUAGGUGCUGUUCUGAGCAUUAUUUGUGGCUAUAGAGUGGCGUUUUGGUUGAGUGCAUGGCUCUCUGUAUUAGUAUCAUACAGUCGUUACAAAAGUUGGUAUAACUAGAGAAGCAAGCGGUCGGCAACAUUCGUCUCUCGACGGGGUGUCUAACUCGGUGUUACGGUGUGUUUGACCCUCACUUAAUUUUACGCUGAAAUAUCCCUUUAAGCUUGGCUGUCCAACUUCUUAUUGACCACAUAGCAAUAGAAGAAGGCGACCUGGAGGAGCGCAAUAACCAGAUGUUGGCUCAGCCUUCAAGUUCCCUGUUGGAUGUCCUGGACUUAAAAUAACUCUAAACCAUGGGUGAUUGGAGUAGUUAGCGAAAUAUUUCACAAUUCCUCUUCAGGCGAGUAACUAACAAAUCUUAUGUUGACAAACACGAGACGGUCCAUUGAACAAAAAGUCCCAACAGGUUUUAGUCGCUAUUGUGACCAUUUGAGUUUCAAAAAUAGCAGAGAACGAUUGAAAGUAUGCAGACACCAAACCAUGACACCCAUAUGCGAUUGUUUAACAUUGUUUUAGAAAACCAUUGUCGUUAAUCAGCUGGGACAGAAUCCCCCAACUCUUCCAGUUUAAACCUCAAACCAACAGAUUCUGGAGCCAAUCUGCUGAGAUUUGCUCAGUCAUGAUGGGGUUAGAGAGGUCAAUCGCUUGUAUUUGGUGAUGAGGUCUGGCUCACAAUCAGCUUUAAAGCUCAUCCUAAAUGUAUUGAAGGAGUAAGAAUCAACCAGAGUAGGAAAACCUCUUUUUUUUAAAUGUCCUAGCUUUACAUUUUAAGUGCUGUCAUGUUCAAUCAAGAAAGGGCUUAUGUUAACGGUUUCCACAAAUCUGGAGGUAAACCGCUAAAUUAUCGCUAAAAGAUGACGCACUGGGGUUGUAAUUGAAACAAAGAGAAACCCCCCUGAAAAAAUAAAGCUCCAGACCAAAACUACAAAACAGCAUGUGGACAGGAUCCAGGGUGUGCACAUACUUCUGGUCAUGUGUUGUAAACAAGGUUUUAAAAGAAAGAGGCUGAGAGGGGGGUCUAGACCUCAGGCUGGCUCUGGUCUUUCACCUCUUUCAAGACCAUCAUAAAACACUGUUAGUGGAGUACUUAGACCCUUGAACAAACUGCUCUUAUGAAAUCUUGACAGCAAACCGAAUUCAGUUGUUCUUAGGGGGAGAAAAAAGCUGAGACAGUUGCCCUCAUAAAGGCGAGUUCUGCUGACCUUGUAACUCUGACAGUGAGUCAGGGAUGAGUUUAACCACAUAAAGGAAGUAAAUGUUUAUAAAAUAUAUUUAUUUCAACAUAGGGACCAAACAAGGAUGCUUCAUGUUUUGUAAUUUGCAGCAAACGCCUUCAAACUCAGCCUUCACCUCCAUGCCAAACUAUUAAUUUGAAAUGUAGGUAAGUUUAAGAAAUCAUGACCAUACUUUGGUAUUAGAGACAUAAAGAAAAAAAGCUGUCAGGAUUUUGUUUUCUGUUAAUGCUUGAGUUAUUGCCUCAAGACUUCGGAACACGGCUUUAAUUUUCUGUGGACAUGUCUGUCUGUUAAUUAUCUCCAAUAAGAGGAGUAAUGCAGAACAGAUGGUGCUGCAGGGUUCAAAAGCCAGACCUGUUCCUCUUCUGUUUCAAGACAGUAAUCCGGAUAAUUUAGGAGCUCCUUUCACACGAUUUAAAAUCAAGAGCAGAAUUCAUUUGAAAAUCUCAAAUUUAGAACAUGGCACCUUAUAUUACGUUCAUAAACUUUCAGUGUGUCUCAUUUUGACAGUGGAUUGAUUGUACAAAAUGUCUGUUUUAUUCCAGAUGUUCUGAGUGACAAUCCCCUGUGGACCGAUGGGUACCUGACCCGGUUUCACAGAACCAGGAGGGACCAACAGACCCAACAGAGAGAAGCUAGUAAGUCCUCUGACGGAAGAGGACUUGAUAUCAGCACUUUGCCUGACAACAAUACCCAAAUUGUGGUGAGAAACGAAUUAUUUAAGCUAACUGUUACUAAGUCUGUCAUGUUCUCUGUUCUCAGAGAAGUAAAUUAAGUGUCUUACUUCUGGGAAAAUGGACGGUUUAACAUCGUAAGUUUUUGGUUAUUUUUGAAAAAAUUGAGUUUCUUUUGGGACUGAGGCGGCAGGGCUACUAGCAAACUUAGUCUUUCAUCAACUUACUGCAGCAACUAUGAGCCUUGUUAGCUUAUCCCAGUCACUGUUGCCAUCACUACGUCACUUUUUCAGGUAGCCUCUAACACCAAGUGCGAAUAAAUCAAUCAAAAUUCAUAAGUGCCUUUCUGAGCACUUAAGGACACUUAAGGACACAAGAGGAAUUUUAUCUAAUUUUAUCUGAUUUUGUCUGCUGACUGUUUUUUUAUGUUGACUGUUUUUUUAUUGUUUUGCCCUGUUGCUUGGUUUUUACUGUUAUUGUUGUCUUGUUGUGCACUUUGAGAUUUGUUUUUAAAUGUAAAGUGCGUUACAAAUAAAAUCUAUUAUUAUUAUUAAUAAAAAACUGCCUCAUAAAACAGCAAGGUAAAAGCAAAUAAAGUGAAGAAUAAAAUAAGAUAUAAAGAAAAAAAGAAAAUAGGACAAGGUAAAUUACAAGGAGUGGGCUUAUCUGAACAAGUGGGUUUUGAUUCUGGAUUUAAAACGAGGGAGGGAGUCAAUGUUCCUGCUGUCUGGUGGGAGUGAGUUCCAGAGUUGGGAAGCAGAUCGACUUAAAGAUCUACUCCCAAUGGUGCUGAGGCGGACAGGUGGGUGGUGGAGGAGGAGGAUCUGCAGUACAGAGCGACUGAAGGCAAAUAUUGACCAGUUCAAAAUUUGCAUUGACAGAUGAGAUGAGACGGAUAAAUGUCAGGCUAUGGUUGGUCUAUGCUGGACUAAAUAAAACCAUGGUUACUUAGUAAUGUCUGCCAAAGAGUACACAUUGCUCUUGGCUGAUGUCUUACCAGGCAUUACUAAUCAACCACCAACCAUUUUAUUAGCAAGUGUUCAAAGGGGGAUUGGAAAAAAAGGUCACACCAGGACAACUUGCUCUCUCGCUCAUGCUCUCAAAUAUAUUUAGAAAUCGCAUGGAUUAAACAUUGGGAACUGAUGUGACCAAAAUGGUCCAUUUUCAAGCUCUGCCUCUCAAGGUUGUGUAUUUUAAAUCCUAUCUAUAGGACCUACAUACCUUCUUCAAGACCACACCUAUGAUCUCAAGGCUGAACUACGGCUUCCUGGGUUGAUUUUCUUUGCUCUCUUUGGUUUAUGCAGAAAACUCAGACAUGAACUUUAGGGAAGCGGUCGCACGUCAUUCCCGCCAGAUUGAGGAAUUUCCAAAUUUUUCGAACAUAUUCAUCUUUCGUUCAACUCCUGUUUUAUUGACUGAAUUUGUAUUUUUAGAGAAAGGACCUUGUGGAUGUGUUUAGCUCAUGGCACACCAAUCAAACGUUCUCCAAUAAACACAAACAAACACAGAUGUUUGUUUGCUGUGCCACGGCUGUCUCUCCAUGAAUGGAAUUGUUUGGAGUUAUUUGGGACAAAAACUCGACAUCUUCGUUUGGUGUUUUUCCAUGUUGGAUCAAGUCGGGUCAGUUUGCCGUGCCUAUGAAUGGACAGUUAUAGCAACGGCAGGCGAAUCGUUCGCUCGGGCAUAGCGACAAGCUUGUUGAGUUUACCUCGGCGUUAGCUGCAAACUUCCUGGACAAGCCCUGUGUUUGUUGUCUUGGAGAUGCAGUCUCUUUGAUCAGUAUUUGGACAUCCUAUUAAUGCUGUUACAUUUUCUCACAGCCUGUGAUCAUGCUCUGGUGGGGAUGGAGAUAGAUUGCAAACAAAGCUCACAACAAAGAAAGUCUCUUAUCGUGCCUUCGUAAUGACCGGUGCUGGCCAGAUCUUUCUCUAGUUGGACAGAAAUGUGUUCGCUGAUUCUACCUUUAAAACAAUGUGUGGAAAACUAAAGAGCAAACGCUUUUGACAAGAGGUGGUUUUCCCAUAGAAGGGAUGUAAACCCAUUAAUAUCUGUAACACUACAACUAUACUUUGAAACACUUUUAAUACCGAAGCAAAAGUAGUAUAUAUUCCUAUCUACAUGUUAGUUUUGUGCAAAAAGGACGGUGAUUUUGGCAGAGUGGUUAGUCCGAAAAGACUGAUAAAGAAAAACUAGUUCUGUACGUUUAAAGGCAUCUAGUCUCUUUAAACCCAAUAGUCAAAGCAGUACCUUCAAACUACAGUGAUCUCGGGUCUCUAUUUUGAGAUCCAUUUUCAGGACAGCUGUUUGACCUGCUCAGUUUGGUCAACAGUUUAGUUUGGGUUUCUCUGAUCUGCGCGCAAUGGGCGGGUAGACAUGAUGAAACAUUUAAGGACGACUGCCAACACAGGGGUGUUUUCCAGUUGGUGGAAAAUGUUAGAUUCUUUGGCCAUUUGGCGACUGUUAUGUUUGGGUUACACAUUUGGCUAAAGUCUAAACCUCCACAGCUCAACUGAAUUCAGCUCAGAGUUAUGCCUGUUCGAAGCUGCUGGUUGCAGAUUGGGUUGCUUCCAGGACCAAACCUUUCUAAACUUCUCUAAAGCAGCGAUCACAUCAUGCUCAGAUAUUGUCAUGGACUUUGCUGCACCACUCCGAUGAUACGGCUUAAAUGUACUGUUUGGAUGGCAGAACACAGAGUGAAAACAAAAACUCCAAAAGAAAUCAAAAACCUUUGGACAUAGGCUGAAUCACAUUGCAUUCAAUGCAAGUGGCUGUUGGACAGUUUUUGGUGUUCUAGUUUAAAUUAUUUCCACAUUGCUGACAUUUUAGCCACAGAGUUUCUUAUUUUCAGUAACUUUGGCCUUUUUGUUCCCCUACAAUUUUUAGUUAAUGUAGUACAGCUGAUGUAAACGAUAACAGUGAGAAGAUCAGCUCAAUUUUCCAAUCCCCAAUCUGUCAUUAAUUGACCAGAUUGGGUCCCAUCCAGUUGCUAAGAUCAAAAUUGGGACAGCAUGGGGUGGUUUCUCAGAAUUUUGAUGGGGAAAAUGUUGAUUAAGAAGUAUAUAGGCUGUUUAACAGGAAAUGUAGGCUAAUGGUGGUAGCUCUGCUAACAUUAGCCACACUCGGCAAAUGUUUAGUUGUCAACAAACUCUCUUAUCUUGUGAUUUAUCAUCUACAAUAUCAAUUUUGACCAUUUCUAAGUUUUUGUUUAACAUUUAAUCUACUCGGCUGUCAGGAUUUUAAAUUUGAUUUAGUUGGAAAUAAGUCGCUUAAGAGCAUCCCGAUUCUCGAUGUAGCUACAACUAAAGGACUUUGUUUGUGAGGACACAUUACAUAAACUUUGGCCUGCCUUAUUUGAAGAAUAUCAUUUUAAGAGUCUUGUGCUUAAAGGUCAAUUGAGGUAACAGUUUUACCUCUCUGCCAAGCAAGAAGCUUUGAGUCGAGGUAUUUGUUAAGAUUCCCGUCAGGUGGGCCGGUCCUGAGCCAUUUUUCCGUUCAAUGACUUUAACAUCCAGGAGUCAGUGUUUAUUUAGCUGUGUAUGAUGAGGAUUUAUUCAAGUCUGAUGUCCCUAGACUCUUCUUACACUUGAAUCAGCCCUGGUAAAAUUCAACCCAUAUAAACUGCUGUACUUUUUUUUUUUUCACCUUUCUCUCAGCUAAAAUUGAAAACAGACGACAGCCUCGUCCUGCCAACUUACAGUGUUUGUUUAAGCGUGGCCGUGCGUGAGAUCGUGCGCGUGUGUGUGCUUGUGAAUGACUCACUUGGACGAGAUCUGUUGUACUGCCGCUGUUGACUUUUUUUCAAGAGGGGGGGGGUUGAUCCCAAUUUCCAAGACUCUGGUCUAUUGGGAAUCUUUUCAAUAAAUCAGUCAGCUGUGAGGGAAAAAAAAUAUAUGAUCGCACCCCACUCCUCACCUAGAAACCCCCUGCACACACACCCUCCCUCUAAAAAAACUGGUGUCAGGCCGUGGAGAUGGGAGGAAAAAAAAGUGGGUCACUUGUUGUAUAUGGAGCAGCUAGAGAGGCAGUGAGAGUGCUGCAUUUAACUGCUCCACUUUCCGGGCCCACACUAAACCCCAGAACCAUUGCUCUCUGUCACCUUGAGCUGUGGCAUACAUUAAUAAUGCCAUCAAGGAUGGAGAGCUGUACAAGAAACAUGCUCUCGCUGUGUGUAUAAACAGCUCCCCCAAGUGGAACUGUAAGGACAGAAAUAGAGUCCCAGAUGGGAAGUUUGGGGCUUCCCAAACAACCCCUGAGGCAAAGCAACCUCGUCUUUCAUUGGUUGGAUUUCUGUGGUUUUAAAUACCCCCAUUAUUACAUUUUCUGAACAUGCUGUAAAAUUUGGUGAGUAAGAUUCACUUUUAAUACAUUUUCUGUCAUCUAAAGAGUGAGUUGUGUCUUAUAAAUAAGUGUAGUUAAUAUGCCAGUAUAAAGCACAGUGAGAGGUAUCUGAUUUUGUCUGAAAAUCCCUCACAGGAACUUUGAACUAUAAGCCAAUCAUUAAUAUAGUCUGUAAAAUGAUAUUCUGUAAAUGGUGAAUUCAAUAUCAACAUGCAAACCAGUGCAUUUCACUUAAUUUUGAAAACUCUCCUGUCCUUUUUCUUCCAGGAGGACUCCACUAAGUACUACACAUGGCAGAGUUUUAGUCCAACAGACACAAGGACUAAAGACUUGUGGGUAGAUCAAAGCGCCCUGCACCAAAGCCAAGUCCAAAUUCACGGCAUCCUGUCCAACGCACACCAACGAGCGGCGGUGAGUAAAGCGCGCACACAGAAACACAAACACACAUUAAACGGUUUCAUCUAACACCCGGGGGUAUCUGAUAUUUGUUGUCUUCCAGAGAGUGGCGCUGUCUUUUGAUUUUCCAUUUUAUGGUCACACUUUGAGGCAAGUCAUCGUAGCGACUGGUGGUAAGUUUCACUUUGCAGUGCACAUGUUUUGCGGUUUCAAUCAGGGGAUCAAACACUCUCUAACAGAGUGUUGAAGGAGGUUCCUCCUACCCUGGGGAACUGGCAGGCUACCAGAGUAUAAUGAAUCUGGUUAAUAGUAAACACUUUCAUUUUUUCAUUGAAUUGCUCAGAGAUUUGCUGUACGUGUCCUACUUUUUCCUUUAGCCAAACACAGUAACCCUGCAAGACUGAGUUAGCUGUUGAUCCAAAGUUUCUGCUGCAAUUUCCUCAAAACUUUAAGGGAUAUUCCAGCGUAAAAUUAAUUUAGGGUCAAACACACCAUAACACCAAGUUAGACACCCCCUCGAGAGAUAAAUGUUGCCGACUGCUUGCUUCUCUAGUUACACCAACUUUAGUAACGACCACACGAUAGCAAUACACAGCGGUCUGAGGAGUCAUAAACAAACCUCAACCAAAACGCCACUCUAUAGACACAAAUAAUGCUCAGAACAGCACCUAACUUCAUCAACAGGACAUAUAGGGUCCCAGCCAUAGUACUAGCCACCAAAUAUCUUUUUAACUUUGCCUAAUUUCUUUAGCAGAAAGACUAAACACAACUCACUUACUCUCUUCCAGCAGCUGUUUGUUUGCAGCGUGACCUCAGGUAAGUCCAUUACGGACUGCAGUGGGGUGACACAGCUCAAGGAAGAACAUUUAUAGUGAUAUUUAUAUAUACAUAUAUGUGAUUAUUGCUUCAAGAAAAUGAUAAAGUAAUAAUCAUAAAUGUUCUUCCUUGAGCUGCGUCACCCCACUGCAGUCCGUAAUGGACUGGCCUGAGAUCUCACAACAAAAAAGCGGCUGCUGGAAGAGAUAGGUGAGUUGUGUUUAGUCUCUUUGCUCUAGUAAUAAGGCAAAGCUAAAAAGAUGUUUGGUGGCUAGUGCUAUGGCUAGGACCCUAUGUACUGUUGAUUAAGUUAGGUGCUGUUCUGAGCAUUAUUUGUGUUUUGGUUGAGGUUUGUUUAUGGCUCCUCAGACCGUUGUGUAUUAUUAUCUGCGGUCGUUACUAAAGUUGGAAGGCAACAUUGAUCUCUUGAGGGGGGUGUUUAACUAGGUGUUACGGUGACCCUAAAUUAAUUUACGCCGAAAUAUUCCCUUAACAAAUAUGUCACCACAAAAAACAAACUUCUUCAGCUUGUAUCUAAAAUACUAUAGGAAGCAGCGUUUGUACUUAACAACUUCAUAAUGCAAUAUCCAUUGUUAACAUCUGCACCCGUGUCUCCAGGGUUCAUGUACAUGGGGGACAUCACUCACCGAAUGCUGACAGCCACACAGUACGUUGCUCCCCUCAUGGCUAACUUUGACCCCGGCUACACCAAAAACUCAACAGUGAGGUUUGCAGACAACGGUAAGUCAGAGCUCUUCAGGGAACAUGUAUGAGAGCUCCUGGUUUUCUUUGACCUCCCCUUCUGUGUCCCGCUCUGCUCUGCUCAGGUAAUCUCUUUGUGGUGCAGUGGGACAACGUGAGGCUACAUGACCAAGCUGAUGAAGGGCCGUUUACUUUCCAGGCGGUCCUCCACCAAAACGGAACUAUCAUUUUCAACUACAAAGAAGUGAGUGAUGGAUUCAAACUCCUGACACCCCUUACGAGUCCUGUUGUAUAAAAGUGAAUCUCCCCUCAAAUGGUGCAUGAAAUAAGUCAGAUUUAAGUUUUACCCAUGCUCCACCUGUUAACAUGGAGGAGGCAGUCUCUGUUAUUUACAGCCACCAGUUGGAAGCAGGAAGUUAAAAUGUUUUGGCUUCACUCUUAAAGAGCUGUUAUGUUGCCUAUCUUUUUGUACGGUAUCUUAUCUGUGCAAAAUAGCUCUACACUGGAGAAUUUCAAACAUGCUCAGAUUGCCAUGUGAAUAGUUUGUUUUGUUUUGUAGAUCCCUAUGUCAAUAGACAGAAUUGAUGCCAAGGAUCAUCCAGUCAAAGUAGGACUUUCUGAGGCUUUCAUGCUGCCGCCUCAGACCUCAAAGCCCGCAGGUCAGUUCUUGAAAAAUAAAUCUGUCUUUAUGUAGGAUGACUAGAUAAUGCCUUGGUAAUGUUAAUCUGUCUGUAUAUUAUGUAAUCUGCAAUAUUGUCAUUUCUGCAUUUGUUCAUUUUUGAGAAAAAAUAGCAGAUUUCUAGGAUUUAAUUCAUUAUUUGAAACGUGAUUUUUUUUUUCUCUGUCUGAUAAACUACAACUACCAAAAUUCCCUUUAGUGCUGUUGUACUGUUUGUUUUAUCAUACAUGACUUUAUGAGCUAUCAACGCUUCCUCCCACAAACAAGAGUCAAACACACACAAAUCUUGAACACACUUGUAUUUUCUAUUCUGUCUAGAAAAGGGGGAGCAAUUAACCAUCUACGAGUAUCAUCGUGUUGAGAUUAACUUCACAAAGAUAGUCAGCGGAUCUGCUUUCGUGUUCACGCCUCUUCCCAGUAAGUAUUCUCACAAACACACAUUCGUAUGAAAGCCAGACCUCAGCAGCUUCCUCCUAACCCUGCAACUCUCUGCGUGUAUGAUUCCUCCAGCUUGUCUGCAGCACAAAACUUGCGAUCUCUGCCUAACGUCCAACCUGACAACCGGCUGUGGCUGGUGCAACACGCUUCAGCGGUAGGGUGACACUUCAACAGAUGAACUGAUGGUUGUGUUAAAGUGAUUCUUGCUUUUUACAUUUAAUUUUUCCUGAGUUUCAGAUGCUCUGACGGGAUCGACCGGCACAGACAAGAGUGGUUACAAUACAACUGUCCUGAGGAGGUUAGGUUUGUUAUUAACUAUUCAGGGACACAAAGCAACAAAAGCUCAGCUGGUCCUGUUAUUCCUUUGUUAUUGGUGUGGGUUUUUCACUUAGGCAAAAAGUACCUGUGAGGACUUUAACCCAAGCCUACCUGAGGGAUCUAUGGGCUCCUUCAACUACUCCUCUCCGGGUCCGACACCCACCUCGGCAGUGCUGAGGGAUCAUCCUGUCACUCGAGGUAAAUCUCUCUGGAGCAGAAUCUGGAGAAAACAGAUCGUGUCAUACAUCUGUAAAUUGUGAAACACCUUUUAAACAGCAAUAAUGUAACUCCAAGUGCUGUAAAGAAAACAGCCACCUCAACGGAGGUAUCUUUAAAAUUAAUCAAUACAUUGUGGACCAAAUCAUCUCUCUACUCGGUUCACUUCGAUUAUGGUUUAUUGCAGCCUGGGUCUUAUUUUUCUGGUUUCUGCCAUCAUUUAUUUCAUAAAUUUAUACCUACCAGGUCAAGAUUUGGAAGACAGAUGACUUCACUGAACAUAUUUGAACAAAAUGAACAACCAUUAAAAUUAAAAUGUAGCUGUAAACACAACCUUUACUCUAAAAAGAGAACUCUAAUGGACAUUUCAGGUGUGCUAACUUUCAGCCUCCUUCAAAAUAAAGCGGUUAAGAUCAUCCUCACUUCUUGUCAAGUAUGUCUGAAAGUUUCUCUCCUGCCACAUUUGGCUGCGCUGAAGCAGAAGCCACAUGUUCAAAGAGAUUGGAAAAUAUUUUGGUUCAGUGUUGUCAUCAUUGGUAGGAAAUGGUGAAAGCUAUUAAAAUAGUUCAAAGUUAUAACAAACAGAAAGUUUCUUUUUAUCUCAUUUUAUGAUUUUAACCAGCCAUUUUAAGACUGUUGCAGGCUUAUUUUUCAAUUUAAUGGUUGACUGGUGCGCUGUUGUGCUGCGAUCCGUCAGAGUUUAUGAGCAUGCACAGAAUAAUGCGACACAGAUUUGUCUGUUCUCCUCUGAGACUAACAUUUUCAUGUGUUAAGUGCCUCAAAAAGCUUAGCCUAAAUGAUAUGUGGAGGCCUCCAGCAGUAUAAUGCACACAACUGGAAAUUACAAAUCAAUCUCUUGAGGUGGUACCAAUCCCAGAUUUAUCUCACAAGCCAGAAAGUCUGUUGUUCCCCUGUUUAAGUCACUUCUUUAGCCACCAAUUUCUACAUGUAACUUGACAUCAACAUAAAUAAAAAUCUGUGUUUUCCCUCCUUUUAGAUAUGGACACAAGUCCCCCAAAACCUAAAGGGAUGACAGAGAACACGGCCAUCAUAGCAGGUGUAGUGGCUGCGCUAAUUGUGCUUGUAGCUCUGACAUUACUGGCCGUCUAUUACAUCAACACACACCCCACAGUGGCUCCACCUUUCUACCUCAUGCAGGUGAGUCAUACAAAAAGCAUAUCUGCAAAUGUAGAGAUGUCCUACAAACACACUCAUGGGUCUUGACAACUUGUUUGUGUUGUUCGUAGCGGCGCACCAAUAACUACUGGCCAUCUAUGAAGUUCCGCAACCAGGGCUGUCACUCCAACUACGCUGAGGUGGAGCUCGGUGGUCAUGAAAAGGAAGGGUUCAUCGAAGCUGAGCAGUGCUGCUAAAAGUGAUGAACCCACAGGUCUAAGAAAUAAAAAGGAAGGACAACAUCUCAAGGACUGCAAAGGGAUGAAAACGGACAAUCAAGCCGACCAUCGACAAAAGGUUUCUAUACUCCAACCUUGGCGGCUGGACAGUUUUUUUUUUACUUUAACUGCACUUGUAGCUCUUGCUCAUUUUCUCUGUGUCUUUUGUUCUUUGCAAAUACACAGAGGAUUUGUUAUCCAAGGGUUGGAGGGUCUGAAUAUACAGAUAUGUUGAGGUGUAACUGUACAAAACCCAUCAAAUGCGAGGGGAUGUCAGGGAAUGAAUCGAACAAGCCUUCAUACUGCAAACCAAUGUAAAGCUCAACUUAACUUUGUGUUGUUGUUUUCAUUCAUUUUAUGGAGUUAUUUUUUUUCAUGAAUCUUCCAUACCACCAGUAUUUGGUUCGUAAAUGUUAUCUUUCUCUCUCUGUGGACUUCACUAUUUACAGAUAUUUAGCAAUAUAACUGAGUAGUGAUUAAAAAUGAUCAUCUCCAACCUCUUGA